AUGACGGAUAUCAAGAUCGUUCCGCUUGGGGCAGGCCAAGAUGUCGGUCGCUCCUGUAUCUUGGUCACAAUAGGAGGAAAAAACGUAAUGCUUGAUUGUGGUAUGCACAUGGGCUAUCAAGAUGAACGGCGAUUUCCAGACUUCUCUUACAUCGGUGGAGGAGGGAAGCUGAAUGAUUACUUGACAUGCGUUAUCGUCUCUCACUUUCAUCUAGAUCACUGUGGUUCUUUGCCACAUAUGAGCGAAAUCGUCGGUUUUGACGGACCUAUCUAUAUGACGUACCCAACGAAAGCUAUAGCCCCAGUUCUGUUGGAGGAUUAUCGCAAGGUGCAAACAGAGUUCAGGGGAGACACGAAUUUCUUCACUUCCGCCAAUAUAAAGGCGUGCAUGAAAAAGGUUAUUGCUGUCAACCUUCAUGAAACCAUACAGGUUGACAGUGAACUGUCGAUACGAGCGUUUUAUGCUGGGCAUGUAUUAGGUGCAGCUAUGUUCGAGAUACGCGUUGGUCAUCAGAGUAUACUGUAUACAGGCGACUACAAUAUGACGCCUGAUCGUCAUCUCGGUGCUGCCAGAGUGCUGCCCGGGUUACGGCCAGAUUGUCUGAUCUCUGAGUCCACUUACGCUACCACAAUUCGUGACUCAAAAAGAGCACGCGAAAGAGAUUUUCUGAGAAAAGUGCAUGAUAGGGUGAUGGCAGGAGGAAAGGUUCUCAUCCCAGUUUUCGCAUUGGGACGUGCCCAAGAAAUGUGUAUACUUCUUGAGUCCUACUGGGAAAGGAUGGAUCUCAAAAUACCGAUCUAUUUUUCUCAAGGUCUGGCAGAACGAGCGAAUCAGGUAAUUUCUUGAGC